GACGGGGAAUUGUAUUACAAAAUAUCAGGAGGGCACUAGCUUGGGGAUAGCUGGUCUAAACUAUUGAUUGAUUGGAAAUCCAUGUUGGGUGUUAAAGCUUGGCUCUAUUCUACAAUGCUUUGGGAGACACCUGUUGCCUCGCUGCCUUUUUAACCUUGCCACAGAAACAGGUUUAGGGUGGUGGAGGUGGGACUCUCUCAUAUUGGUUUAUGCCAGGCAUCCCCAAACAACUCCCAUGAUUCCUAGCUAACAGGACUAGUGGUCGGGGAAGAUGGGAAUUGUAGUCCAAAACAUCUGGAGGGCCAAAGUUUGGGGAUGCCUGGUUUAUGCCCACUCAUAGUAAGCCAGCCUCUGUCUUCUAGCAAAUGUUUGUCUUGACUUUUGCUUUCUGAUUCAAAUGAUGUAGCACAGUCCUCAUUUUCCCAUCAUGUAGAAUACUGCCUUAAACAGAUCUGUUCAGUUGUGUAUUAUUAUUAUUAUUAUUAUUAUUAUUAUUAUUGUUAUUAUUUACCAACAGGUUUAUGCAUUAAUUUAUUUUUGAAAUGUGGUUUUUGGAAGACAUGAAACAUGUAUAAUAUUUUUUUAACAUUUCCAUUGCAGUAUUUAUCAUUGUUACUGGUUGUGUGUAGUGUAACAGAAUUAAUAUUAAAAAAAAGCAUAGAUAUGAAACCUGCCUCAGCAGCUUCAUUAGAAGAGAAGAGGAUGACUUUCUCCCAGUAAUUCCAAAAAUCUGUCAGCAAAUAAUAUAAAAAAACCUUUUGUUUGCUUUUGAGCCUAAAACAUGAUGCCCAAUUGUCCUUCCACAUCCCUUGUUGUCAUUAGUGCGCAGCUUCUCCAGUACCUAACAGGUGUGUCGCCUGCUCCUUUCAGCUCGCUCACCACUUUCUCACCUGCCCCAUUUCAAUCAAGUUCAUUUGCUGCAGGACAUACAACCUCCAUAUUGCUAGGCCAUAGGUAAUAUUUAUUUCAAUGUAGACGGGCCUUGCACAUCUGUUAACAGAAGCUGUCCUGAUCUUGAACAUUCCAUGACUAGCACCCUUCAGUAGUUAACCCCAGGAAACUUGUGAGCUUGAGGGACUUGCAUGCAACAGCCUAAUUUUUAGCCUAUGGCAGAUGUGCAUUACAGACACACUUUUAACUCACCUCGCAACACAGGUGUAUAGUCUCUAAAGAAAGCUACAUGGCAGAAGGUUCUCCAGGGAUGCAGUGUGGCAGAGCAUUUGCAGGAACCUGGCUCUUCCACAACCAAACACACACACACCCCUCCAUCCUAUUGUACGCACCGCACAGAGAGACCAAAAAUGGAAGUUUCCUACUUCCUGGCAAGCCUUGCAGUUGCUAGCUGCCCCUAUCCCAUUUGCAAAGCAGCUUCCCUGAGCGGAUCUGUGAAGUCUAGAUAAGCUGUUGCCACACAUUGUACAGACCCAGUUCUUGAAUCAUGUCCAAAACUGGCUUCUCUGUGCUUCCGAUCCAGUCAAUUGUGUCUUGUUUUUUCGCACACAUAUUUCUGUAAAAAAAUGUAUCCGUGCCUCAUAGGAGAGAUGGGAGUUUGAAUAGGGACUCUCCUCUUCUUCUUCGUCCCUCCCCACCCCAGUUAGCAGUUUGAUUUAAGCCAUUGAUCCUCGCUCUUAAGGGCUGCUUCAGAAGACUCUCUUGCAGUGCUGUUAUGUGAAUAUUCCAGCAGUGAGGGUCCCUUGUGCGCCGAUUCCACAGCAGGGAGCUAAAAACUUGAUGUGGACUUCCAAGUGAUGCUUAGUGUCAUUGUGCAGAUGAUUUCAAAUGGUGCAUUAAAGAACUUCAGGGACUCCUCAGUCAGAAGAGGAGCAAUAGCUGACAAAUUUCCCUACAAGAAAAAAUUGUUUGCUAUUACUGAUCAUCCAAGGGAGUGUGUUGUGCUCUAGGGUGUGCUUGCAGAAUACACCCGUGUGUGUGUGUGUGUGUGUGUGUGUCUGUACCCUGUGACAGCUUAAGUAUACACCAUAGGAUAUGCUUCUACGCUUUGCAAUGUACCAGGUGCUCUCAAGAGGUUCCUUUGCAGACGACUUGAUGUGGGAAGUUUUAAAAAUAUAUAUGCAAAAGCCCAUUAGUCCCCACAAGGGGGAGCAUUUUGCAAACUAACAGGCUCUGUGCUCUGAAGAGGAAGGGCUGUUUUGCAGAUCCUUCCUCAAGCAGAGCGGCUUCCUCCCAUCCAUUACCUGCCACAGUCUUCUGCUUGACCUCACUUUUCUAGGUCUGCAUGACCCAAGUGCUUUUGCACAGGAGAGAUUUUGCUGCAGGUUUUGCUAGCAUCUCGUUUGCCUAUCACGACAGCGACUUCAGAGCUUAAAAACAGUAAUAAACAGGAGAGCAUGCAAUGUGCAGCUAGGAAGUAGAUCGCUUGCUAGGAAGGGAGGGAGGAUUUCCAAGGCAGGGCUCCUCCAGUGGGAGAGGGGAGCUCCCUCCUCCCCCUGCUUCCAGGGGGCAGCAAGACGCAGAUUCCAAGCGAACCAGCCAACACCCCUUGCCACAGAACCAGCCACUUCUCCUACUCAAAGCCUUUGGCCCUUAGCCCCAUCCCUGUCUGGGCCUUCUCCCCCCACUUCUGCAGCACUGAUCCUGCCAACUGUGACAUCACGCGUGAUGCAAGAGGCUGGCUGCUGGGAGGGGCUAUGACCCUCAAGAAAAGCCACUCACCAAUUUUGCCCCACCGGCAUGAAGAGCCCCUCUCCCCUUUUGACCACUCACGGCAGCAACAGCGGGGGGAAGAUCUGUGAACUCGAUGAAGUUGAUGCUCAAGACGUCCCUUCUGAUGAAGUGUACCCCACCAGUUGUCCCAGUGACCGUUGUGCCGACUCCCAAGUUCUCCAAAAUCUGCCAGUCCCUGAGUCAAGAUGUUCCUCUUCGCCAACAAAACCAAGACCCCCAUCAGCACCUACACGGACUCCUACAGGGCUCCGAAUACCAUGAAGAAGACCUACGAUGAAGCUCCGUUGGCCCUGUGGAGUGAAAACAAGUUCCUGACGCCGGGCUUGAGCGUGCCCAGAAUUGACCACCCGAUAGACCAAAACCGCCUGGAGAAUUUGGUGAAGAAGGCAGUACAGGAAUACACCUAUAAGAACUCCAUAGAACCAACAGCUUACCGGCCGUACAAAUACUGGGUAACCAGGGAGGAAGAGAGGUUCAACCCGGUCUUCCUUGCAGACGACAGGUACUCAACGUGGAGAACGGGGCCCUACAACAGCGCGGCAUGGAAUCGAUACACCACGUACCUUCCACGGAUCCCUCGGGAGGCUGGGUUAGAGUCGAUCCUUCGUGGGAUGCCCAUGCAAUACCCUCCGAAACCUGAGCGUCUCAACAAUUACGAACGGGAAGUGGUGGUUAACAUGUUGAACAGCUUGUCUCGGAAGCAGCUUCCAUCCAUACAGCACCGUUACACCAUCCCAGGAAGGAUGCCAUACCAAGGCUACUACAGCCCCUGCACGGGACGCCAUUACUGCUUGCGAGGAAUGGACUACUACGUCGAUGGAGCGCCCACCAACGAGCGACAGAUCAGCCAGCUAGUUGAGAAGAUUGUAAGGAAUUUCCCGUACUACGACCACCACCACGAAAUGACACUCUGUGCACGAAUGCCCAGCCUGCCGCCUGGUUUCCCGUAUAUGAACCUUAGGUGGGAUACAAGCCAUUUUAAGAAGGCUGGAGGGGCACAGAGGGACAGCUUUAUCAUUCAUCCUGAAUUUGUUUCGGAGUCCUUCCCCCAUCCACCGUGUUGGUAGUAGAGAGUUGAGACAGGCUGCCAUUAAAAUUGCCGCUGGUGACU